CGGGUCGGGCAGCCCCGAGGUGAGGUAUGUCGGGGCGGAUGGCGCAAGGUUGGGCCGGCUUUUCUGAGGAGGAGCUGAGGCGGCUGAAACAGAAUAAAGAUCCCUUUGAAUCGCAGCGGCGGCGCCCUAUGAACAAAAGUCGGCAACAACUUCAGAGAGAAAAGGCCCUUCAAGAGCAAAGCCAAAAACUUGGACUUCAAGAUGGAUCCACCUCAUUACCUCCAGAGCAGAUGCUUUCUGCAGCAAAACAGAGUCGUACUACUCAAAAGCCCCAUUCCGCUCUUCCUUCUCCUGGCACACUCACCGAUGCUGACAGCCAACCAAUGGAACUGGGCCGUGAGAAUUCACAUGAUGGAAACCUCAACAAAAAAGUGGAAGUUCUAUCUCCAGAGCCAGGUUGCAAAUUGGAAAAAAAGAAAAUGGAAUUGCAAGAAAAAUCUCGUUGGGAAAUCCUCCAACAGGAACAACGGCUAAUGGAAGAGAAAAAUAAACGUAAGAAAGCUGUUUUGGCCAAAGCUAUUGCAGAAAGAUCUAAAAGAACUCAGGCAGAAACCAUGAAACUAAAGCGGAUCCAGAAGGAGUUACAGGCUUUAGAUGACAUGGUGUCUGCUGACAUUGGAAUCCUCAGGAAUCGGAUCGAUCAAGCCAGCCUAGACUACUCAUAUGCCCGGAAGCGGUUUGACAAAGCUGAAGCAGAGUAUGUGACCGCAAAGCUAGAUCUACAGCGCAAGACUGAAAUUAAAGAACAACUCACUGAGCACCUCUCUACCAUCAUCCAGCAGAAUGAGCUCCGGAAGGCCAACAAGUUGGAGGAAUUGAUGCAACAGCUGGAUGUCCCGGCUGAUGGGGAGACUCUGGAACUGGAGGUCGAGGUGGAGAGAUUGCCGCAGGAGCAAGAAGCAGAACCAGGAAAACAAACGGUUCCUUUGGAGAGGUCACGUCAGCCUUCUGGGGACAGGGGGACAUUAGAAUGUUCUAAAGAGGACCAAACGCCUCAGGAACGGACUGUUUCCUCAAAGGAUGAGCAAUGUGAAAGUUACAAAAGCAGUUCCCUUAGUCCAAACUGCCAGAAUCAAGACACUGCAACGACUGUAAGGGACAUUUCGGUUGCUCUGCCCACAUGAAUUGCCAGUGUGUGUUCUUUUCAGCUUCAUGGCACAUGAUAAAGUAUACUUUCUGCUAUGGAUUAUGCUUUGACUACAUGGUAAAAAUAUCUUCAAAACUCAAUUUUUGAAUUCAUGACUUUAAAAUUUUUAGUAUUUUGAUAAGUUUAAGCAUUCUAAAGUCUCAAAUUAUAACAAUUUUAUAUCGGGGAUAGUUUACCUUGGUUGUAGCUAGUUCCUUCAAUGUAUCAUUAUUAAUGGGGAAAGAAAAUAAUUUAAAAGGAUAGAAGUAAAACUACAUAGUUGAAACAGUUUUUAGAUCUGGCAAUAUAGAAUAUAGAAAAAUAAAAUGAAAAUGAUAAUAUCUAAUCAAGUUACAUACUUCUGGGAAAAGUAUUGAGAAUUACUGCUAAUUACUACUAUAUGUAAUUAGUUAAAAAAACACACACAAAUUACCAUGUGCAAAAUGGGAGGCAAGAAGCACAUUGAUUUAUUUGUACUUUACUAGGUUAUAAAAUACAACUUAGAUGUUUUUGUGAAGAA